AUGGGGAACUAUGCGGGGACUGGAGACGUUCUCACAGCUGGUGUGCUUAAAGUCGUCGGUGGUGGCCUGCGGUGGUGGUCUGCUCCGCCGCCGCCGCCGCCAAGGAGUUCUUCACUAAGAACAGUCAAGGGGAAAAGAAGCUCCCACCAAGUCCGAUGCGGUGUGAAGAAGAAGAAGAAGUGGGUUCUUAUUUUGGGAGCAUUGGGUUUCACCAGCUAUGCAUCAUACAGAAUCUACAACUCCCCUUCUGUAAUCGAGAAGCGGCGGAGAUUCUCCAAACUCACUAGCGCAUUUUUCGCCGUCGCCGAAACGGUGUCGUACUCAGCUGACGCAGUUGGGAUUCUCUCCAAAGACUUCAAGGAGUUUCUCGGGUCGGAUUCCGACCAAAUCCCACAAAGUCUGAAGCAACUCUCCAAAAUUGCCAGGUCAAACGAAUUCUCCGAGUCGUUGACCAAAAUCACCAGUGCUUCCACUGCCGGAAUCUUGCAAGGCUACUACCAUCAUCACAACGAGUUCGAAAAAAGUGGGCCCGGUUUCUCCGAUCGGGUCGUGGAUAAACUGUUUUCCGAUUCCGGGUCGGGUUUCGCUUCGGUAAUCGUCGGGAGUUUCGCCAGAAAUUUAGCAAUGGGUUUAGUCAACGAAUGGCAGAAUAAUAAUCGAGGAUUGGAUUCGGACAGUCUUCCAAAUUCGAAAUCGUGGGUUGAUUUCGUCUGUGAGGAUAAUUGCAGAGAGCUGAUCGGAGAUUGCAUCCGAUUGUUAGUAAGCACAGCCGUGGGCGUAUAUUUGGACAAGACGAUGAAUAUAAACACAUACGACGAAAUCUUAUCCGCACUGACGAAUCCGAAAAACGAAGCUAAAGCGAAAGACAUGUUAGUGUCCGUAUGCAACGGUGCAGUAGAAACGUUAAUCCGAACAUCUCAUCAAGAAUGGACAACGAAUUCAAACCCAAAAUCGAAUUCCAAUUACUCAAAGAUCGAUUUUGAAGACGGGUUUAGUGCGAAAUCGAAGAAAUCGACGAAUCGAGAGAUUGGAUGGGUGAGGAACGUGUCCAAGACAUUGGCUGUGCCGAGUAAUAGGAGGCUUGUUCUUGAUAUGACGGGGAAAGUGACAUUCGAGACGGUGAGGUCUUUCAUGGAGUUUGUGCUCGAUAAAUUUUCCGAGUGUACGAGGAAAAGUGUUGACGUUGUUCAUCAAGAAGUUGUCGAUAAGGGAGUUGAAGCAAUUCGGCAUGUGAGCGACAAAUCUGUUACAGUUGCUACUCUCAAGAAAUUUGAUCCAGGUGGUAAUAUUACAUUUGUGCAUCUGUCUGCAGAGGUGGGAUCGGACUCUUUUGCUGCUGCUGCUGCUGCUGCUGCUGCAUUUGCUUCUUGUUGGAGCUUGUUUUUCCAGUAUUCGUCAAGAGGGGGACCGAAUAUGGCUUUUCCAGACACAACUCCUAUCCUGGAAAAAGACAUACGAGGCAAUUAUGAAAUCAGAUAUUUUACCGAAAGUGAAACUGAUUACAUCAUUUCAGCAAACAACUAUAAACAGUUCGAUAUUGUUUAA